UUUGCAGCACAUGAUGAGCACUUUACUGCAUAGAAAAUUACGUGUUUGGUGGAACAAGUCCUUAGAGAGCUAUAUAUCAAGAAAUUUAAUUCCAAGAGGCCUCAGGAUUCAAGUCUUUCCGUCACUCCCCAUAAAUGUUGACACAUUCACAACAAGGUGGGCUGAAGUAUGCACACAUGCAUCACUACAAUUUAUGGAAUUGUUGGUUGGUCUACAUAAGCGAACAUUGGAAGAAGUGGAAAUGGAGAUAUCCAAUGUACAAACACGCUUAGAUGGCACGGCCUCCCCGGAGGAAACAGAAACAUUUAAAACAAAGAUGGAGAAACAACAUAGUGUCUGGGAAAAAGACAUCUCAGAGAGAAAGAGCAAAAAAUUGUCACGUGACAUCCACGACUUUCAACAGAAGACGAUAUACAGAUGGCAGAGGAAGGCAAACAACGAUCUCCCCCAACAAAGGAGGAGAGCUAUGUCCGUAUCCUCAAUAUCGUCCAGUAGGGAAUACAGUGGACCUACCUAUCGCCCAAUUUUCUUCAAUAACCGUCAAAAAAGGAAGAAAGAUUUCCAGCGGGAUAAUGGCAAACGUAAAUAUGGAUCUCGUGAAUCCUCAACCUCCCGUGAUGACAACGCUAAGGUAAUUAACUUAUCACAGCAUGAACUGUCUGAGUCUGAUGUAUCAGUUUUGUCUAAAGGUUUGACCUUUUCACCAACUGCUCCAUUUGAUCAUUUUACAGCUUUGAAAGAUCUCCAUAUCUUUGCCCGCUCACUAAUUUUCAAGAAAUGGUAUCAUAAGAAAGAGAAUAUAACAACAUUCACUACACCUGCUGAGAGACAGGCCAUACGUGAUUUAGAAGAUUUAUUAACGGAACAAGAAACAUCACGUGAAAAUCAGGUACUCACAUGCAUUAAACCUAGAUCUAAAAAUUUUCCUUCCCUCUCUGUCUGCCCAAUAAUUGAUACUUUUGUUAAUAUAGUUGAUGAAGAAUUCAAGAAGAUCAAAAGGAAUACAUACAAUGAUAAUUUGACCAGAGAGGAAAGACAGAGUUUGGAAAGAUUGAGAAAACUUAAUGAUGUGAUAAUUAAACGAGCCGAUAAGGGUGGGAAUAUCAUUGUAUGGCCUAGAGAGAUGUAUGAAGCAGAAGCACGCAGACAAUUACGUGAUAAUACCUGUUAUAAAAAAUUAUCCUUUAAUCCUUUGAUUUCAUUUAAAAACAGUCUUGAAAUAAUUCUUGAGCGGGCAGAAGCAGAUUCCACUAUUUCUUCAGAACUUCAUCGUGCCCUGAGUGUAUUACACCCCAAGAUACCAACGCUAUAUCUGUUACCGAAAGUGCAUAAACACCCCACCAGACCACCUGGGCGACCAAUCAUCUCAGAUGUCACCUUAACACGAGAUCAGGAGGUAUUCAUCCAAACAAAUGUAUAUCGAAAACCAACCGCCACUAAUACUUACCUGCAUGCUACUUCCGCACAUCCAAAACAUAUGAAAGAUGCAGUCCCUGUUGGACAAUAUCUACGAAUCAGAAGAAUUUGCUCCACCGACACAAUGUUUGAAGAACAAGCAAGGUUUAAAGAGAGAGGGUAUAGCCAACGAUGUUUGAAAAAAGCUUAUCGACGUGCUAGAGAGACGCCACGACAAUUACUCCAAAAGAAACCUCCACGUAUUUCAGAUGAUACUAUACGUUAUAUAUCAGAUUACAAUGCACACUGGGAAGAGAUGAGACGGGCAAUUGAAAAACAUCUACCCAUUCUGAAAACGGACUCUGUCCUUCAUCACUACGUUCCAGAUAGACUACAGAUGACAGCAAGACGUGCCCGCAAUUUGAUAUCCUCGUGAAAAAUUAUUUUACAUUUAUUGGUCUUUCUUUGUUCCCCUCCUCAUCUCCACGCCUGAAGAAUCACAUGACGGAUUGUAACAUCUGGACACGAUCACAUACUCGGACAUAUGUAUGAGACUUAUAUAGAGAUUCUCUCGAUUAAUUUCAAAGUAUUGUUUGCGGGACGGAAUCAUGUGCAAUUAUAAAUUUAUACACAUACACUUUUUAUCACUUAUAUUAUUUAUCAUUCACAGACUAUUUUAUUUUAGUUGUUUGCACUAGUUUGGUACGA